GCACAUCGCACUAUCCGCUGCGAACUGCACGGCGGCACGACAGGACAUUACGAGAAUAUUCCUUGCAGAAGACGCCAUCGGGGUGGACAUAGCGAUACGACGAGCAAGCGCCAGCUGGCGGCUGAAUCAAGCUCCAGCUUCGGGCUCGCUGUGCAGCGUUGACAGAAGGGACGACAUCGCCAUAUGUGGUGUGUAAAGUCGCCCGCUCGUCGCUCUCGAUGUAACAACCAUUUCCGGCCUGCUGAUUCUGGAGUCAAGUCGCGUCGCUGGCUAGUCAUUUUCGUGUCAUGGCUUGGUUCCUUGACGUGCUAUAGCUCGCGCAUCGAGCGGGUCGACGGAAAUGACAUGGCGGUAAUGAUCCGGCUUACAUCCGAUCGUCACCGGCAAUCCACGCUAGAAAUUCGUGAUGCAGCUGAUGGGCUUUCUAGCGUGGUGGCUGCUCCGCGCGGCUGGGCCCGGGCGUGUCGAGACGAAACUUGGCGAGACGAUUCAGACCCUUUGCGUCGGAUGCUUAUCUUGAUUCGUGCGGGGCACCGACGUGCUGAAAGCGCCCAUGUGCCUUGCCAAUUCGCGGGUUGUCGAGGACCGGAACGUCGGACGCAAGCAAAUCACUUCCACUGUGCCUUGUAUAGUCCAUGCUAGUUCUGUCAUGGAACAUUUGGAUGCAGGCUGCAGCGCUUGGCGUGACAUCCCCUGCAUUCAGGCAAGGGCCAAUGACAAGAUAGCUGGGCAUGUCCGGGAUACGCUUCAUAUCCACGCGGCCUUGAAGAAGCCUUGUAGCCGCAUCACGUAUGCCGCUGACACAUCGUGCUAACCCUGCGUCCGAGACUAUUAGUUUUCUU